AUGAGCCCGGGCGCCAAACCAAGCGAGAUGAACGUUCUCAACCCCAUAAAGCCGCUUUUAUUUUCACUAAACGAGGCAGAUAUUCCGGUUUGUGUGGUUGGGGAGAUUGUCUUAAACUACUACAAUGUACCUCGAGUAGUUCAUGAUAUCGAGAUCUGUGUCCCGGAGCUAUCGCUGCCAGAAGUUGCAUCCAAGGUGGUCUCGACCACUGGGUUCACGCGAGUGAAAGUGGAGGACUACGAUCUAUUCACAGAAUACAAAAGAGGGUUCCAAGCAUUCAAGGCGCCAAAUGAUGAUCUCCGUCUAAUCAUUUUCCCCGACUCGCAUUUUGGUAUCGCUCCCCUGCGCCAGAGUAGUGUGCUAAGCGACGAAAGAGUAUCGACUGCUUGUAGCACACAAAUACUGGGUUUAGUCCCUCAGUGCGAGAUUCGAGAUAUUCCUGUACCUCGCCUGUCUCAUCUUUUCACUGGACUCUGUUUGAGGUUCUUCGAGUCGGGGGACGUCAUGGCUCGCAUAGCCGUGGAGCAACUAGUCGACGGAAUGGACCUCGAUGACGAGUGGAUCAAAAGAAAUCUAGAUGACACGAAAACUAAAGUGAGAGAUCUGGCCACUCAGCUUGUCACCGAGAAGAUCUCGACGUGA